AGAUACUAUCGCGUAGAAAUUUGCUGAUAACGAACGAUCGACAAUGUUGCGUAAUUUUGUACUAGGAAUGUUGCACAUUUCGCGACUCUGGAGCUCGAGGGCAAUGUUAUAUAAAAGCAUACCCCAAAUAGAACCGGUCUCAUCCAACGGGAGAGGGUCCCAGCUUAAAAAUGUACAGGUAUAAAAUCCGAUGGCAAUUCUACUGCAACAAUAUACAACUUCAACAGUUCAUUUUGUAAACAUCUGCAGAACAACCACGAUUAGCAACAAUGAAAUUCUCAGCCGUCCUCGCGAUAGUGAUAGUCUGCGCUAACUUUGCCGCCAGUGAACCAACUCUGAUUGCCGCGACACUGGCGAAGAAGUACCUAUUCCAUAAGUUUAUUGGCGGAAAGUCACUACCAGUAAUUCAACUGCCAAAAUUGCCUUUGCCAUCGCUACCCAGCCUGACGCUGCCCUACCCGUUCUCAGCCCUUUGGCCUGUACCAGCGCCAAAGCCAGCUCCAGUCCACCCGGGACCAACCGUCGUUUAUUAUGCCCUGCCCACUGAAGAGUACGCGAACAUUCAUCCGAUCCCGGAAGGCGAAAAGGACGUACCGAACCACCAGAUCGGUUCCGAUGCCAGUGCCCAAGCACACGCCAGCGAUUCUGGGUCGAUAGAUUUGCGCAACGGUCCGAUCUACGUUGCGGAAACCCCUGCCGUUAGACAUGUGGCUCCCCUGCCGGAAGGAUACACGAGUUCGGUGCUAUCUCAGAAUCUACAACCAUUGCCACCGCUGUAAAUGUGCGCCGGAAAUGUGUGGUAAGAUUAGUAACCAAAACAACUGAGUUAGAUAAAUUUUAG